AUGCCGGGCCCCACCAACACGAGUCCAGCCGCGCCCGCCGCGCCCGCUCCUCUUGUCAUUCGACAAGUCGAAGCCGCAGCCGACAUUGCUGCGGCUGAGAGGUGCUUCGACACAUACACGGAGUGGCUCGACAUGGAUAUUUCGUUCCAGGAUUACGCUGCAGAACGCAAAGGGCUCCCUGGGAAAUACGCGGCGCCGUCCGGCGCGCUGCUCUUGGCGGUUGAUCCACUGUCUGACAGUGUUCUUGGCUGCAUUGCCAUGCGGCCGAUUGAGCUGGGUCCAGAGUUCUUGCGACAACGGCGACCCGACGCGCGCUACUGCGAGAUCAAGAGGCUUUUUGUCUACCCUGCGGCCAGAGGAAGGCAAGUCUCACGGGCCUUGGUUCGCGAGGUUACGAGGAGGGCCAGGGAAGUGGGUUACAGCGAGGUGUUGCUCGACACAAUGACCAAGAUGCAGGCUGCGGUGAAGCUGUACGUCUCAGAAGGCUUCGAGGAGACUGCGCCCUACAACGCCAGUCCAUUGGAUGGAGUCAUGUACUUCAGCAAAAAGCUGGACUAG